AUGGCUCUACCAAAAGGAGCGAGUGGGGGCGACAAGGGGGAUGGGGGCGACAAGGGGGGUGGGGGCGACAAGGGGGGUGGGGGCGACAAGGGGGGUGGGAGCGACAAGGGGGGUGGGGGCGACAAGGGGGGUGGGAGCGACAAGGGGGGUGGGGGCGACAAGGGGGGUGGGGGCGACAAGGGGGAUGGGGGCGACAAGGGGGGUGGGGGCGACAAGGGGGGUGGGGGCGACAAGGGGGGUGGGAGCGACAAGGGGGGUGGGGGCGACAAGGGGGGUGGGGGCGACAAGGGGGGUGGGGGCGACAAGGGGGGUGGGGGCGACAAGGGGGGUGGGGGCGACAAGGGGGGUGGGGGCGACAAGGGGGGUGGGGGCGACAAGGGGGGUGGGAGCGACAAGGGGGGUGGGGGCGACAAGGGGGGUGGGGGCGACAAGGGGGGUGGGGGCGACAAGGGGGGUGGGGGCGACAAGGGGGGUGGGGGCGACAAGGGGGAUGGGGGCGACAAGGGGUGUGGGGGCGACAAGGGGGGUGGGGGCGACAAGGGGGGUGGGGGCGACAAGGGGUGUGGGGGCGACAAGGGGGGUGGGGGCGACAAGGGGGGUGGGGGCGACAAGGGGGGUGGGGGCGACAAGGGGGGUGGGGGCGACAAGGGGGGUGGGGGCGACAAGGGAGGGGCGUGGUGGAUGAGAAGGCAGGGGAGAGGAGAAGAGGGACGGGUGAAGGGGAGAAACAGAGGGGGUCAACGGAAUGGGAAGGUUGGGGAAGGGGGAGGGGCGAGCGCUGUGAGGGGUUGUUUGAAGUCGACUCAAAAGGCGCACGAGGGCGACUGCGCGCGGGGCGACGCGCGAAUUCCCAUCGGUGAAGUAGGGAAGGCGAGCGGGGAGGACGGGAAGGACGGGGGAAAGGGGUUGGAGGGGAGCGGGUGUGGGUGGUAG